AUUCUAAUGGUUUUCAAUGAGCGUCAAACCGACAUGUCGUGGUGGUCCUUUAAAUUUCCCCCCAUCUUCUUCAACCUCCUUCGUCCUCAUCCUUCGCCAAAUCUUCCUCCCCGCCAUUUCUAUUUUCUUCCUAAAUCCGAAAAUAAGAAAAAAGUUCAAACACAUUCUCCAUUUUCCUCCAUUAGCUCCAAUUUCUCUCAAUCUGUUUUCUCUGCGAACAUCAAUUCAUCGGUAGCCAAGCCCUAAUUUGAACCUUGGCAUCCGUGAAAUCUCAACUCGAAUUUGUAGGUCGCAAAAGGCAUUCUCAGGCGUCGCGAUGAGGAAGGAGAUGAAAUUUGAGAUUAUCGCACUCUUCUCCAUCUCCUUUUUGUUAUUACUUUUGUUGCGAUCCGUUGAGGCUCAGGAGGAUUCGGCUGCUGUCGAUCAGGAAGCUAACUCUGAAACUGACUAUGAAGAAGGAGGAGACGGAGUAGAAAGCGAUUUUGAGAAGGCAACUAGUAAUAUAUUGGCGGACGUUGUUAAUGAUCGGAUUAAGAAUUUCACCUCUGUUUUCAAGGAUGAUAUUCAGGAGAAUUUCGGUUUCUGCAUCGCCGACGCGGAUGCCGAUUGGGAUGGAGCCUUCAAUUUCACCAAUAAUUCCGCCUUCAUUUCUAAUUGUGCUAAGAAAAGCAAAGAUAUUCUAUCGAGAAUAUGCACGGCGGCGGAAGUGAAAUUCUACCUAGACAGUUACUUCGGGAGCAGGGCGUCGUCAAAGAGAACGAAUUACUUGAAGCCAAACAAGAACUGCAAUUUGUCAUCGUGGGUAUCGGGGUGCGAGCCAGGGUGGGCUUGUAGCGCUGGAAUGGGUACGAAAGUUGACUACAAGGAAACAAAAGUAAUGCCUACAAGAACCAUCAGAUGCCGCACCUGUUGUGAAGGUUUCUUCUGCCCCCAUGGCAUCACUUGUAUGAUUCCUUGUCCAUUGGGCGCUUACUGCCCUCUUGCAAAACUGAAUGCAAGCACAGGCAUCUGUGAACCUUACCAUUAUCAACUCCCUCCAGGAAAGAUUAACCACACUUGCGGAGGCGCAGAUGUGUGGGCCGAUAUCAUGAGUAGUAAUGAGGUUUUCUGCUCUGCAGGAUCCUAUUGUCCCUCCACUAUCCUCAAAAAUCCUUGCAGUAGUGGGUAUUACUGCAGGACUGGUUCUACUUCUCAGCAAAGAUGCUUCCAGAUGGCAACGUGUACACCAAAAUCAGCUAAUCAAAACAUCACUGCGUAUGGUGUCAUGCUUUUUGCUGGAAUAAGUUUUCUUCUGAUCAUCUUUUAUAACUGCUCUGAUCAAGUUCUCUCAACUCGAGAGAGACGACAAGCGAAAUCUAGAGAGAAGGCUGUCCAAAGUGUAAGAGAAACAGCACAAGCACGCGAGAAAUGGAAAUCUGCAAAAGACAUUGCCAAGAAACAUGCUGUUGAGCUACAAACACAAUUCUCACGCACAUUCUCUCGUAGAAAGUCCACAAAACACCCAGAACUUAAGGGCUUUGGCCAACCUAAGCCUGGAACAGAUGCUGCCUUAGGAGCUAUGCCACCAAUGGGUGGCAGUUCAUCAUCUGGAACAUCGAAAGGGAAGAAAAAUAACAACCUAACAAAGAUGUUGCAUGAAAUUGAGACUGAUCCAGAUAACCAAGAAGGCUUCAAUUUAGAGAUAGGUGAUAAAAACAUCAAGAAGCAUGCACCAAAGGGCAAACAAUUGCACACACAAAGCCAGAUAUUCAAGUAUGCGUAUGGGCAAAUUGAGAAGGAGAAAGCCCUGCAAGAACAGAAUAAGAAUUUGACCUUUUCUGGAGUGAUCUCAAUGGCAAAUGAUAUUGAUAUUGAAAUUAGGAAAAGGCCUAUGAUUGAGGUUGCUUUUAAGGAUUUGACAAUCACUUUGAAAGGAAAAAAUAGGCAUUUGAUGAGGUGUGUUACUGGGAAAAUUAUGCCUGGUAAAGUUUCUGCUGUGAUGGGUCCAUCAGGGGCCGGAAAAACAACCUUUCUUUCUGCUUUGGCUGGAAAAGUGACCGGUUGUACCAUGACUGGCAUGAUUCUUAUUAAUGGCCAACCGGAAUCAAUUCAUUCUUAUAAGAAAAUCAUUGGUUUUGUGCCACAAGAUGAUAUUGUUCAUGGGAACUUGACAGUAGAGGAGAAUCUCUGGUUUAGUGCACGAUGCAGACUUUCCGCUGAUUUGCUCAAACCAGAAAAGGUGCUUGUUGUUGAAAGAGUCAUUGAAUCUUUGGGGCUACAGGCAGUGAGGGAUUCUCUUGUUGGAACAGUGGAAAAGAGAGGAAUCUCUGGAGGUCAAAGGAAAAGAGUAAAUGUUGGCUUGGAAAUGGUCAUGGAACCUUCACUUCUGAUCUUGGAUGAACCCACUUCUGGUCUUGACAGUUCUUCUUCACAGUUGCUCCUCAAGGCACUUAGACGUGAGGCUCUUGAAGGAGUAAACAUUUGCAUGGUUGUUCAUCAGCCAAGCUACACAUUGUUCACUAUGUUUGAUGAGUUGAUUCUUCUAGCCAAAGGAGGGCUGACAGUGUACCAUGGACCAGUAAAGAAACUGGAGGAGUAUUUUGCUACCCUUGGGAUUAAAGUCCCGGAUAGAGUUAACCCACCUGACUAUUUCAUUGACAUUUUGGAAGGAAUGGUUAAACUAAACACAAGUACGGGUAUAACUUACAAACAACUUCCUGUGAGAUGGAUGCUGCACAAUGGGUAUCCAGUCCCCAUGGACAUGCUGCAGAGUAUUGAGGGCAUGUCAACUUCAGCAGCUGGUGAAAACUCGAGCCGUGGAGGAACAGAUUCUCCUGAUUCUGGUAACUCUGUGUCAUUUGUAGGGGAGUUUUUGCAGGAUGUUAAGCACAUCGUAGAGAGGAAGAAAGACCAUAUUCAACUGAAUUUCUUGAAAUCAAGUGAUCUAUCUAACCGCAAAACUCCUAGUGUCUCCCAACAGUAUAAGUACUUUCUUGGAAGAUUGGGAAAGCAAAGACUAAGGGAAGCUAGGACACAGGCUGUAGAUUAUUUGAUUCUAUUGCUUGCUGGAAUAUGCUUGGGAACAUUAGCCAAAGUGAGCGAUGAAUCAUUUGGCUCACUUGGUUAUACAUACACUGUCAUAGCUGUCUCUCUGCUGUGCAAGAUUACAGCUUUGAGAUCAUUUUCAUUAGAUAAACUUCAUUAUUGGAGAGAGAGCUCCUCAGGAAUGAGCAGCCUAGCUUAUUUUCUUGCAAAGGAUACAAUUGAUCUCUUCAACGCAGUCAUAAAGCCUAUGGUGUACCUAUCCAUGUUCUAUUUCUUCAACAAUCCAAGAUCUUCUAUCACAGACAAUUACAUCGUGCUGUUUUGCUUAGUUUAUUGUGUCACUGGAAUUGCCUAUGCUUUAGCCAUCUUCCUCGAACCUGGCCCUGCCCAACUCUGGUCUGUGCUACUUCCUGUCGUUAUGAUGCUCGUUGCAACCCACAACGACAAUAACGAAGUCGUAGAUUCAAUAGGCGACCUUUGCUACACGAAGUGGGCAUUGGAAGCUUUUGUUAUAGCCAAUGCUAAAAGGUACUCUGGAGUUUGGUUAAUUACACGAUGUGGGUCUCUAAUGCAAAGUAACUACGAUCUCAAGAAUUGGUACAAAUGCUUGAUCUGUCUCAUUGUUUCAGGAGUAAUUAGCCGUGUAUCUGCGUUCUUCUGUAUGGUAACUUUCCAAAAGAAGUAAAGUGUUUGAAACUAAUGUUAACGUUGUUGUACAUAGAAAUGGGAAAAACAAAACAUGUUUUUUUUUUUUAAAAUCAUUUGAAAGACGGACAUUUGUUGUAGAUAAAUAUAUGUUUUUUAGAGUUGAGAAA